AUGGAUGAGAGAGGCGUCGACAAAGCCAAAGCGGAGAUUGCUUUGCAAGCGCGUUUCAAUGAGAAGAAUAAGAGGUCGAAAGGAAAAUUUGCGGCGAGAGGUAAAUCAAAUUUUCAGAAUUUUGGUUCAAAUGAUUCGCAAAAUUCAAAGCAUUCGACGAGUGAAAAGGGUGAAUGUAGCUCCAAGGAUAGUGGUCAUAGCAAUGGUUUCAAGAAGCGUGAUGUGAGUAAGGUUCAAUGCUACAAGUGCAGAAAGUUUGGACACUUUGCAAAUUCGUGUCGUGGUAAAUCGAACGAGAAUCACAAUAAUGAAGCCAAGGUUGAUAGGGAAGAGGUAGAUGAUGACGACACACUUCUAGUAAUGAUCACGGAGGGGAGUUAUGGCAUUACGGAUGUUCCGUGCAGCAGCUACAACAAUGAAAGUUUGCGGGACAGCAGCUGUACUGUUCCGGAAAAUAGCGAAAAAAUGCAUUCGGAUCGAAAUGCGUUGGUUACCGUUCGUGAUGGAGUCCAAGGGAGAGAUGAGUGGUACUUGGAUUCCGGUUGUUCAACACAUAUGACGGGUCGAAAAGAUUGGUUUGUGCAAAUCAAUCAAGCGGCAAAAAGUAAUGUCAAAUUUGCCGACGACACCACUUUAAGCGCCGAAGGGGUAGGAGAUGUUUUGAUCGGAAAGAGGAAUGGUGGACAUUCGAGGAUCAAAGAUGUCUUGUAUAUACCGGGAAUUAAGUGUAAUCUUUUAAGUAUUGGCCAAUUACUUGAAAGAGGAUACAAAAUUCGGUUGGAGGACAAGAUUUUACGCGUUUUGGAUUCAAAUGGUGUGUUGAUUCUAAAAGCGCCGAUGGCUGCCAACAGAACUUUUAAGGUUGAGUUAAAGGUUAUGGAGCAUCGUUGUCUAGCUACCGCGGCAAGUAGAGAAGAGUUGUUAUGGCAUUACCGUCUUGGUCACCUUAAUUUUAGGGAUCUAAGGAAGUUGCAACAAAGUGAAAUGGUAACGGGGCUGGCACACAUCAGUAUUCCAACUGAAUUGUGUGAGGAAUGUGUGAAGGCUAAAUAG